AUGCCAGAUAUAUGUUCCAUCAAUGUGACCUUCCUGAAUCUUGAUGAAAACUUCCUGUCACUGCUGGCCAAUGACUCCUUCUCUGGUGUCCCUCACCUGGAGAGCCUCUCAGACAGCUGGACCUGCAAGCCAGGGCAGCCGCGGAAAGCACAUGAGGAUUGUCAGCUCGUGAUCCAGUCAGGGGCACUGGUUGCUCUGCAUAACCUAAUCAGCCUGAGCCUGGCAGGAAACAGCCUGAAAGCACUGCCCCCACUCCCUUCUUCACUCUGCUUCUUGGACUUGAGUUACAACAAUAUCCUUGUGCUGAGCCCUCAGAGCCUCACAGGGGUCAGCAACAUGAGGGAGCUACUCCUAGGAAACAACUGCUACUACCGGAACCCAUACAACACCUCCAUCACCCUCGCACAGGAUACUUUUAAAACCAUAACCUCCUUGAAACGGCUUUCACUGAAGUUUGACAACAUGACUGAGGUUCCCCAGGGGCUCCCACCCAUGCUUCGCCACCUUGACCUCUUGGAGAACAAGAUAUCCCAUGUGAGCCACCUGGAGAACCUCACCAACCUAAGACUGCUCAACCUGGAGUGGAACUGCCAGCGAUGUGACCAUGCUGCUCAGCCCUGCUUCCCCUGCCCAGACAACAAGCUCCUGACCUUUGACACGGAUGCUUUCCAGAACCUGGUGAAGCUCAGAAGCUUGAACCUGUGAGGCAACUCCCUGUAUGACCUCAACACCAGCUUCUUCAACAACCUCAGCCACUUGGAGACCCUGGAUCUGUCAGACAACUUUCUGACCUGCACCAUUAGAAAUGGCACCUUCUUCUCUAUGCUGCAGUCAGUGCAGACCCUAAACCUGGGCUACAAUUACCGUUCACUGGUGACCUCCGAGAACCUGACUCUAUCUGAGUCCUUCAGCCAAAUGAAAGCUUUGAAAAAUCUCAUCAUCAAUGGCUACUUCUUCAGGAACUUGGCUGUGGAUGGGAUCAAACCUCUCUUCAACCUAAGCAACUUGGAGACCCUCCACUUUCAAACAAACUUCAUCAGAGAUGUGAACUUGUCUCUCUUUUCCAAGUGCAGAACCCUAAAGCUCAUCAGUCUGUCUCAGAACAGCAUUGCCUUCUCCCACCCUUGCAAGAGGAAUGGGAAUGGAGCUGAACCGGGGCCUUGGGGCCUCUCCCAGGAAGGCACUUUGGCAGAGAAUCCCUGGAGGCGCCAGCUGGUGAGUCCCAGCCCAUUUACAGUGAGGAAUAGACAAAGCUCCCAUCUCAACUUCCUGGCUAGCAUUCACUGCAACAAGACCCUGGAUUUAUCGUUCAAUAGCAUCCACAGCAUUAAGCCAGCCCAGUUCAAAGGGCUAGAAGAUAUCGACUGCCUCAACCUGAGCUUUAAUUACAUUAGCCAGCCCCUAAAUGGCAGCCAGUUCCUGCCACUGCAGUCCCUGAAGUUGCUGGAUCUGUCUCACAAUAAUUUUGACCUGUACUAUGGCAGUGCCUUGCAAGAGGUCCACCACUUGGUUGUGCUGAGCCUCAGCAAUAACCAGUUCCACUUCACAAUCAAAGGCCUGGGGCACAAGUUUGAGUUCCUGAUGAACCUUAGCAGCUUGAAAUUUCUGAACCUAGACAACAACCAGAUAGGUACUAGGAUCUCCAAACACCUGGAGAUCCAUUCACUCAAGACCCUGAUCUUCAGCAGGAACUGACUGGACAUCAGGUGGAUGAGUGGGAAGAAUACCUACCUUGAGUUCUUUGCCAAGUUGCCCAAGCUAACGCUCCUGGACAUUUCAUUUAAGAAAUUGGACUUCAUUCCAGCCGAGGUCAUUGACACCUUGCCCGAAAGCUUGAGAAACUUGUCCAUCGCCUAUAAUAACCUCUAUGACUUCCCAUGGGACAAAAUGGAAAGACUGAAAAGCUUGGAAUUCCUGGACUUGAGUAAUAACGCACUGGAGACGCUAGUCACAGAUGGAGAUUUCUCUAGGAUGAAGCUCACAAACCUCACGACCCUCAACCUCAGCUACAAGAAGAUCAGAUCUCUUCAUAAAGAGUUCUUUUCCAAUGUCAGCUCCUUGCACUUUCUAAACUUGAACCAUAACAAGAUAAAGAUGAUAGAUGAAAGCAGCUUUCCAAACACACUUCUCAAGAGCUUGCAACACCUGGAUGUGAGCAGCAAUCCCUUGAGGUGCACCUGUGAAGCCAACUGGUUCCUCAUGUUCCUGAAAAGCACUUGUAUCACGAUAGACCAUUUCUCCACUAGCAUGCAAUACGAUCUGCCCGAAUCAAAGCGAGGGCAGCCUCUGCUCUCUAUGGACCCUCGGUCAUGCCAGGAUAUAUACGGUCACCUAAGCUUCCUGUGCACUUCCCUGAUUGUGACAUUCAUAACCAUGCUUCCUAUCCUACAUAAACUGUAUGGAUGGGACUUCUGGUAUCUCAGCCACAUCUGCCUGGCUGCAGUCAGAAGAGGCUACACUCAGAUGUCCACACCCUCCCUGGAGGAAUAUGAUGCAUUCAUAGCCUUUGACUCCGAACAUCGCACAGUGGCUGACUGGGUCUACAACGAGAUGGUGCCCCAGCUGGAGGACAAAGGAAGGAGGAAGUUCAAACUGUGCUUGGAAGAAAGAGACUGGACAGUUGGAAGAUCCAGGAUUGAGAAACUCUGCGACUCCAUCUACAAGAGCAGGAAGACCAUCUUUAUCCUGAAGAGGGAGGGGUUUGGCAGUGGCUUCCUGACGCAUACCUUCUUCAUCACUCAGCAGCGGCUGCUGGACGAGAAGGUGGAUGUGGUUAGCCUGGUGCUGCUGGACCCAGAUAUGAUGAUGUCCAGAUUCCUGCUGGCCCGGAAAAGACUAUGUAGGAGGACAGUCCUGGACUGGCCUGGCAACCCCUUUGCCCAGCCCUACUUCUGGCACUGUAUGUGAGCCAUGCUUGCUGAUGAGAUUUACCACUUUUAUGACUCGCAUCUGAGGAGAAGCAUUGACAGUUCUGGGGCUGGGGAGCUCCUGCCAAUGGAGAAAGCAGUGGCCAGGCCAACAUUGCGAAGGCCUCAAGAAGCAGCCAAUGCUUGUGCAUUGCAAUGA